AUGUUGCAGAAUGAGAAAAAUGUUUCAACAUUCAAAGAGCGUGAAGAUAAAAGCAAAAUUCCGCUAACUUUAUGGAAGAAAUUGUAUGAAAAUAAAUUGAAUGAUAUGCUUCCUGGUUCAAAGUCGAUCGUCAAAGAAGCCUUCAACAUCUCAUCGAAAAGUUUCCUUUUUCCUAUUCAAACUCAAACGAUGUGA